AUGGGGUGGACCUUCUGUGUUAUAUGGUUUCUGUGUUUGCCAGUGAGUGAGUGCUGGCAGCUACCUGACUCUGAGCCUGUAAUGCACGGGGAGGUCCAGUCUCCUCAGUAUCCCCGGCCUUACUAUCCCAACUUGCUGAAGUACUGGGACCUUUUCGUUCCUGAGGGCUACCAGAUCCAGCUGUCCCUGACACACCUGGAUAUUAAAACUUCCUCGGGCUGCUAUCAAGACUCUUUGACGGUUCUCUAUGAUCAAAAGGUCUUGUGGAAGUUUUGUGGCCAGGAAAUUUCACGUGAUCACAGAGGCCAAGAGCAGAUCCUUUCUCAAGGCAACAGACUGACUCUCAUAUUCCAAACAAGUAACUCCACUCCAGAGUUCCAACAGCACAUCGGCUUCUCUGCUACCUACAAGGCAAUAGACAUAGAUGAGUGUUCAAAACCAGACUCUGGAGAUGGCUCAGGUCCAAUCUGCUCUCAGAUCUGCAUCAACACCCCUGGCUCUUACCGCUGCUCCUGCCACCGUGGUUAUAAUCUUCAUUUAGACCAGCGCACGUGUUUGUUAUCCUGUGGUGGUUUUUUUGACAAGCAUGAGGGACAUCUGUCCAGUCCAAGGUACCCUCACCCCUCACCUCCUUUUCUGUCCUGCAAGUACAUCAUCUCUGUGGAGCCCAGAUUCACUGUCACUCUCAACUUCACUGACAACUUCCACAUAGAGAGCAUGGACACUCAGCAGGGUCCCAAGUGUCUACAUCACUGGCUGCAGAUGACCAUCCCAGACAGAGAGCCCAUGAAGCUGUGUGGUGGAAAGAGUCCAGGUCUGAUAGCUACAAAUUUCAGUACUGUCAGACUGGACUACCACACUGAUAAUGAAGGCCUGAGUCACGGCUGGAGCCUGGACUACAGCGCAGAUGAGAUCAAAUAUCCAUUUCCGGGGAACAUGGCUAAAGGCAGAGUGACUCUUGUCUUAGUGAAUAUUUCUAAAUAUUCACUAAAGAUUUAACUAAAUCCUGACCUGUGACUGAGAAUACAAGCUGAUGACAGUUUGAUGUUUUCUUUCUUUUACUGGCAAAAUAUUAAUAUGUCCUUGUUUUGUUCUUCUGCAGAAGUUGACUGUGGAGAACCCGAACCUUUGCUGAAUGGAGGAGUGACCUUCCUGUCUGGCUUUCAGAAUCAGUAUGGUUCUGUUGUUCAGUAUCACUGCAAUGAACCUUUUUACUCUCUACCUGGGGGCGUUAAUGUUAGUUUCACCUGUGAAGCAGAAGGAAAGUGGAGAUCCAACCACACCGAUGUCACUCCAACAUGUAUACCUGUCUGUGGCAAGCCUACAAAACUCAUCACUGCUUAUCAGAGGAUCAUUGGAGGCAGGCAAGCUUCAGACAAUACCAUCCCCUGGCAAGUGUUACUGAAUAUAGACGGAAGAAGGGGAGGAGGCAUGGUGAUUGCAGACCGCUGGAUUAUGACUGCAGCUCAUGACCUAACACAUAAUGGAAAACCAGUAUUAAAAGAGGCUAUACGGAUUUACAUGGGGGUUAUUGAUGUUAAAACUCAGAGACUCUCUCCUGUGUAUGCUGCCUCUGUCCAUAUGCACCCUGAAUACAACAACCCCAAUGACUUAGACUACGACAAUGACAUUGCCUUGAUCAAACUGCAAGACUCGAUCACAUUCAACUCAUCCAUAAUGCCAAUAUGUUUGCCAGCAGAGGGUGCCACAUACGUCACUGGCAUGAUGGGACUGGUGUCAGGCUUUGGCAUUAUGGAAAUUUACCCCCCACGGUUAACAAAUAAGCUGAAGUACGUGCAACUCCCUGUUGUGGAGCAGGAGACAUGCAGUAAUUCAUUCACUUUGUUGAAGAAGACAAGGCAAAAUAUACCAAGUCUGACAAAUAACAUGUUUUGUGCUGGAGUCCCUGAAAGUGGGAAGGACUCCUGCUUAGGUGAUAAUGGAGGUGCCUUUGCCCUGAGUGACAAGGGACAGUUCUGGGCUGCUGGGAUUGUCAGCUGGGGGAUUGCAUGUGGACAGCAGGGAACAUAUGGAGUCUACACCAGAGUUGCCAACUACCUGGACUGGAUCAACAAGACUAUGCAGGAGAACUGAAAUUUACAUUUUCAGUUACAAAGUGAUCUGAAGACGUUGAUGAAAUACUAGUCAAAACAAACACAUCUACAA